CCCAUCAUGGCGGAUCAGGUAGUUCGCUAACGUAAACGGUUAGCAUAUUCAACGGUUGUUUGGAUUCACACUCCUAAGGACUGCAGCUAUCUGGCAUUUUCUACACAGGGGCCGCAUCAACCGAACACAAACUGGUGUUGAGUGAGGGAGUGGCACGCCAGUGACAUUAAGAAGGUCUUCUACAAAAUCAGGGGCACCGGCACAAUGGAAUGUGCAGUGGACAUCCCCUCAGGAGAAGAUGAGGCACCUGAGAAAGACGACAUGAAUGCCAAGGAAGGGAAUGAGCCACCUCACAAGAAAAACAAGAAGCACAGAAAACACAAGAGCAAGAAGAAGAAGAGGAAGAGAAAGGGGGAAAAGGAGAGCAGUUCAGAAUCUGGUGCUGAGUCGGAUGUAGAGCCAACACCGCCGCCGAGGCCGGUCAGGACCACCAGAGCCAGUGCCAGACUGGCUGCAGCUGCAGGAGUUGGAGACCAAGCUGGGCAGAAGGAGGAGGGCAAAAAGGAUGCAAUUACAGAUCGUGCAGACACAGAGGGAGAUGCAAAAUCCAAAAAACACAAAAGACACGCUGCUAAAAAGAAGAAAAAGAAGAGGAAGAAAGAUGAAAAACAGGAAAAGAAAUCCCCGUCUCGCUCGCCAUCUGAAAGCAGCUCAGCUUCAGGCUCUGAGUCUGAAGGUGAAGGAGGGAAAGGGGUUGGUGAUGGCAAGUACUCUCCAGCUACAGCAUCUGACCUGCAAGAAUCGGUGUCUAAACUGCUUUCAAAAAGCAAACGAGGGGAGAAACCUGAAUUGCUUGGAGUGAAGAAAGAGGAGAUAUCAGAUAUGGAUAUGUCCCAGGCUGGAGGAAAGGACAGUAAUACCAAUCGAUCAGAAAAGGAUAUGAGGUUGCCCUCUGCAGGCCCAGAUGAGAUAACGCAGACAGCAACAGUUAAGGUUAAGACAGAGAGUGGUCUUGCUGAUGGUACAUUCAGCCAUGCCCAGGAACUCCCUGAUAUCAUCCCUAAACAGGAAAGUUCUACCCCAAGAGACGACCCAGGCCUGAAAGAUCAGGCAAAUUCAGUUCAGAGAUCCAGGUCUCCUUCCCCUCCCAGGGUUUUAGACAUUAAAAGGUCUGGCUCAAGUCAUAGUCGUUCACCAACACCUAGUCCUAAUAGGGAGCGGUCUGAUGGGCAAACAGCAGCAGCAAUAAAAGAACGGUCACGAACCCAUUCCAGGUCAACCUCAAAGGGAAAACGGUCUACAACUCCUCUGAAGAGUCGCCAACUGUCCCGCUCUCAGUCCCGCUCUCAGUCCCGCUCUCAGUCCCCUAAAUCCAGAAGGAAGUCACUCUCUCCAUCCCCAAAGUCUCCCAAGAGAGCUACCCGUCACUCUCGGUCCACCUCUCGCUCCCUCACCCCCAAGAAGAAGGUGUCAAAGUCUCCAAGGAAGUCUCCUAAACGUCGGAGGAGUUCAUUGUCUGUUUCUCCAAAACGACGCAGAAGUUCUCACUCUCCUAAAAAGAGGGUCUCACGAUCCCCUAAACGUGGUGGCCGCAGGUCCCCCUCUCUAUCUCGGUCUCCAAGGAGAAGUCGAAGGUCAGAGUCACGGUCCCGUGGAGGCACAAGGCACUCCAGGGCCCGCUCACCUAGACGAGGCGGUGCAGUAAGCAGGCGUUCAAGGUCACGGUCCAUCACUAGAAACCGUCGCUCAAGCUCUAGAACAAGACGUCCUGUACGUCGCUCCAGGUCGAGGUCGCCGGCAAGACGUGCAGGAGGUAGGCGCUCCAGGAGUCGAUCCUUGUCUCGACGUAGGAGGUCUCCACCCCCCAGAUCUCGCCGCUCACGCUCCCGGUCAGUCCGCAGGAGCAGGCGGACUCGGUCACGGUCCGUUGUAGUCCUUAAACGCAACCGGCGCUCCAGAUCAAGGACUUCCCGAAAGCGGAGCAAAUCCCGCUCGCCAGUGAGAAGGCGCUCCCGUUCCCCUGCCAGGAGAAAUCGAUCACCACCAAGGUCUGGCAAACGCUCCAAAUCUCGCUCGUUAUCUCGAAGGCAUCGGUCAAAGUCACACACACCAAUACCUGUCAAGAGGAGGUCCAGAUCUCCUAAAAAGAGUGGAAGAAGGUCAAAGUCUAAAUCUGUCUCUGCGGGCUUGAACAGAUCUAAGUCUAGGUCCAGGUCUGAGUCAAGUGAUGAGAGGUCUGACAGCUCUUCCCCAGCAAGAUCCACAUCUUCCUCUCCUGUUAAAGAGAUGAAGCCUUCCUCUCCUGAGGCAGAGCAGACAGAUGGAGAAAGUGGAGGAUUUACAGCGACAGCAGGUGGCUGGAAACCCAUGCCCCCAGCAGCUGCCUCCAGUUCUCAAGCCGGGAGCUCCUCAGGUAUGUUGCAGGAGCAACCUAAAAGACUUUCUCCAGACCAUAACAAGGACCAGAGGGAGCGUACAGGCUCCUCCAAUGAACGGGAUGUUUCCAGGUCCAGGUCUGGUUCCAGAGAACCUGGCACGGACCCAGAUGGGUCCGAUUGUUCCGAAGGCUCAGAUGAAGAAGAGGAUUCUUCCUCUCCAGUUAAAACAGUAUCUAAACGCCAGAGAAGCUCCUCAGGUUCAGCAUCUCCGGGGGUGCAGAAGAAGCAGCGGUCACGCACACCUACGGAUCGCAGGAAACUUUCACGCUCAACUUCUUCACCUCGACGAUCAGCAUCCAAGUCUACAUCCAGAAGGAAGCAGUCUAGGUCCAAGUCUCCUGUGAGGAAAAGAGAGUCUGUCUCCCCAUCAGAAAGAAAGAAACGACGGUCUAAAUCUCGGAGUCCUGCCCGGAGGCGGAGGUCACGCUCCCCCGCGCGGCGUAAGCGAUCACACUCCAAGUCACGAACCAGAACCCGCCGAUCCAAGUCCCGCUCUCCAACCCGAAAGAGGCGAUCCCGCUCACCCAACCCCCGUGGAAGGAGGAGGUCCAAGUCCACAGAGAGAAGCAAGCGAUCUAAGAGCCGCUCAACAGGACGGAGGAAAAGGUCAGGAGACAGAAGCAGGCGAUCAAGGUCUCGUUCUUCCGACCGCAGACGCAGAUCUAGGUCAAGAGGUCGGGGAAGGCGCCCUGUGUUUCGCAGUCGUUCAUUUGAUAGGCGAGACCGUUGGAAAAGGGAACCUAGCCACUCUCCAGUUCUCAUUCUACGCAAACAGCGCCGCUCAGGGUCCCGGACACGGCGUAGCACCAGCAAGACUCCUCCACGGCUCACUGAACUGGAUAAGGACCAGUUACUGGAGAUAGCCAAAGCUAAUGCUGCUGCCAUGUGCGCUAAGGCGGGGGUGCCCAUUCCUGAGAGUCUUCGGCCGAAAGCCAUCCUCCAGCUCCCUCUGCCCACUCCAUCUCCUGCCCCCCUGUCCUUACCUCUACCUUUACCUCUCCCAAUGGGCAUGGGGAUGCCCAACAUGCCGAAUAUGCCCAACAUGGGUCCAAUGGGGCUCCCCAAUAUUCCAGGAAUGCCCAGCAUGUCAAACAUCACCAUGAGUGCUGCUAUGGCGAGUAUGACAGCAGCUACUAUGACAGCUGCCUUGACCAACAUGGGUGCUUUGGCGGCCAUGCCUCCCCUCGCCCCGCUUCCGACCAUCACUAACAAGCCUCCCCCGUGUCUCGCGCCCCCAACGCCAACCCUUAACCUGGACCACAUCGAGGAGGCAAAGAGGAAGGUCACUCAGCAAGCUAACAUACACACCAUCAAGGAGCUUACCGAGAAGUGUAAGAUGAUUGCAAAUAGCAAGGAGGAGAUGGCCAUUGCUAAACCCCAUGUCUCAGAUGAUGAAAGCUAAAACCGCCAAGCCCUCAUGCCACUCCUCAAUGGACUGAAGGAAAAUGUUAAAAAAAAACACACACACACACACACACAAAAAAAAAAAGGCUUUACAGGAGGACCUACCUUCCCACAGUUCCCUCUGGCAGCCAGAUGACUUAACUGAGCCUCAUUAACCACCAAGAAGAAGAAGAAGAAGAAGAAGAGCACCCUAGUUGUCACAGUUAGAUUAUAGGCGCACCAGCUCCCCAGUUUGUUUCUGUUAGCGUGUGUGAGAGAGAGCGCGACUGGCAGACUGUCACCUCUGAUACCACUGAGUAAACUGGACAUACGGACAUGUGUGCACAGUUGUAUGACUGAGAGUGCGAGUCUGUGUGUGAAUUGUUAGUGUGUGUGUGUGUGUGUGUGUGUGUGUGUGUAGUGACUCUCACCACCAACUCCUCAGUGUUGCUGCUCAUUUAAGCGGUCACUGUUGUAAAGACUGAAGAGGAAACAAACCAAACUAACUAGUGGCGCAAGUGUUUUUUUGUAAAAGAUUAGUUUCUCUAAAUUUUACUUUUAUGCUUUCUUAAAGAAUUGUGUUAAGUGGAGACUGCUUCCUUGUUCUGCUGUAUUCCCCCUUGGUUAUCUCUAGUCCCUGAUUUUAUAUAAACAAGCGAUGCAGAGAAAGUUUUCGGUGGAUCCUCACGUGGGAUUUGUUUUCAGAAGCCUGGGUCUUCAGGGCAAGAGAGCGACCACAUGUGAAUCCUGGAACAGGGCGCCAGAUCUGAUUAUUUUGAAGGAUAGGAAUAACUGAAUAUAUUUGCUGCGAAAAGGUUUGAAUUUCGGCUUUGACAGAGGUUAUUAUUUUGAUUCACAGAACAUGACUAAUUCAGUAACCACUGCCCUGGGUGUGAUUUUCAUUCCCUCUAUUUUAAACAGCAUUAACCUGAUGUUUGACUCUAACCUGGUCUUUCAUUUGGGCUUUGUUGGGAUUUUUUUUUUUCCCAGCUUGCGAACAUAUUUGCUGUAUAUUUAAAUGGACAUUUCAUCUGCCACCAACAUCCUAACAUGCCAUGUUUUGCAGAACACCAUAAUAUAUAAUAUAAUUUAAGAUGCACAAAAAUCAUACGGUUACUAUUUGCUGAGAAUUGCCAUGAUAGCAUUUUAAGACUACAUGACAUUUGGUCGCGUGCAAACAUUUGAAAGACUUGAUCACAACUAAGAUCUGACUGUAAGCCACCAACCUUCAGCUACAUCUGUGUAACACUUUUUAUUUUCCUUCAUAACAAACCAGACAGGUGAAAAUGUAACUUCCCUUAAACUUCACACUGUAAAUGUAGGUAAUUAUUACUUGUUUAGAAGAACAUUUCUAAUUCACUGUGUGACUAAAUACAUGCUUAACAGUGUUUUUUUGUUUUUUUUAAUAAAUAUGCUUUUGCCUUUCUCUUGCUGUUUAUAUUAUUAAAACAACUUGGUGGCGUCUCAAGGUGCACAUGGAGAACAUAAUUCUUGUUUUGCGCUGGGGGUGAGAAAGUUUAUUAUGUCCUCAACUGUGCCAUUGUUUUUUUUGUUUUUUUUUUGUAACAGACAAUCAGGUUCUUUGUCUUGUGUUUUUAUUUUCUUUAGAAACGACUAUAACCACAUGAAACUAACAGAUCUUGCAGCAUUGUGUUCAUGUGGUAACUAGGAGAGAGUUGUUAUGGACAACAUAAUGCGUAGUGACAUGCAAUGGUAAUGUUAGAACCCAACAAGCCCUUUUCAUUUAAUUCACAGAUGCAUUUAAGAUCUGCUUUACUUGUAAAUGUCACCCUGGCCACUAGUAGAUCCUCUGCGUGAGCUGCGUCUGAGGAAACGGGGGUCCAAGUUUCAAUGAAUGCUUUUAUCCCAUUGGAUAGCUGAAGAACAAAGAUGAACUUGGUGCUUGUGGAUAGCUGUCAGGGGGUGAAGUUUUUAACGAAUCUUACACUCAUAAUUAAUUUUUUUCAUGCAAGAGGGAAAUUCUUUGUUGACCUCCCACACCCAGGGCUGUUGAACUGUGGAAGAUAAUCUGUCAAGGUUUUUGUCAAACUGUAACUAUACUGACUGCACCAAAAGCGUAGUUGAACUGUUGAAUUGAUUCCCGGAGGUGAUCUUUAGCUAUUUUAAUGACAGAGAAAAGGAAGAAAAUACAUUUUAGGAUUCUUUUUCUGUUUUUUGUUUUUGGUCAUUUGAAUAUGACAUCGCCUGCUUUGUACAUAAAUGUGUUGAUGUUUAUUAAAAACCUCAAUGAUCUGUA